AAAAAAAAAAAAAACAAAGCUCUAUAUAUUUAAGAAGCAUAAUAUAUAGGUUUCCUCACAGAAGUUUCCUUUUGUAGGAAGUCGAUUUUAUCACAUACAAAAAUGGAUGAGGACCUUACAACUGGAUUUCGCUUCUAUCCCACGGAAGAUGAACUGGUUGUAUUCUACCUACGAAACCAGCUCGAGGGAAGGAGUGGUGACUCAGUGCACCGUGUCAUACCUGUUCUAGAUAUCUUUGAGGUCGAGCCGAGUGAUCUUCGAAAUAUUGCGGGAGAGAGAUGUCGAGGAGACGCUGAGCAAUGGUUCUUCUUUGUGCCAAGACAAGAACGUGAAGCAAGAGGAGGCAGACCGAGUAGAACCACUGGUUCAGGGUACUGGAAAGCGACUGGAUCACCUGGUCAAGUCUUUUCCAAGGAUAACAGAAUGAUUGGAGUCAAGAAAACUAUGGUUUUCUAUACUGGAAAAGCACCAACAGGAGGAAAAACAAAAUGGAAGAUGAAUGAGUACAAAGCCUUUGACGAUGUAGACAACGUUUCCACUGUCCCUAAGUUGAGACAUGAAUUCAGUUUAUGUCGUGUCUACAUAACAUCAGGAAGCUCAAGGGCUUUUGAUAGACGCCCUGUGGGAGUUCUUCAGACAGAGAGAAUGUUUACAAGUGAUGUUGCAAUUGCUGAGACAUCAUUUCUUGUGGGAAGCUCAGCAGAAACUUCCAUGUCAGGAGGAGGACAUGUUGAUCUCUCUGUGAACACAGAGAUGGUUAAUGGUUUAACUGAACCAUUUUGGGAAUGGGAGCAGCUGAAUUGGCCUUGAAGCUAGCGAAAUUCAUAAGCAAGCAAAUUAUUACCCAUGGGUUGUUACAUUAUUACUAGUUGAUUACGACAAAUUAUUAUUUUUUUCCUUGUAACGUGAGAAUUUGAGCAAGAAUAAUUGACAAAAGGUGACAUUAUAGAAUGUUUUUGUAAGCUAAGCUAAUAUGGGUAAUUUUUUAAAAAAGAAUAUAUAAUGUUUGCAUUGAAAAUGUAAAAGAACAUUUAUAAUGAACAAAACUUUAAAC